AGAGAGAGGGAGAGGGAGGGAGAGAGGGUGUGAGGGAGGGAGAAGAAGGAAAAAAAGAAGCCAACUCAUCUGACACAAACAGUGGGCCAAAGAAAGGGGAAGAGCAGGAGCAGCACUGUCCAGAACGAGUGGAAAAUCAAAGUUGCGAGAGGGUGAAAGAGGAGUGUGAAGAAAACGAGUCAGGAGGAAAAAGAAGCCUGAAACUCUGCACAAAGAUUGGAUUGAAAAAAAAAAGUUUUAACCAGCCAAACAAAGGAGGAAAAAAGGGGGUUGAAGCAGAGAGGGCCCCAACAUUCAGAGAGAGAACAGGAUGUCGACGCUGUCAUCAGAAAACAGCCCUGAAGAUGCCAACAAUCGCAGCUUCUGGAUGCCUGGGAACUAUCAGCGCACUGUGAAGCGAACAGAGGACGCCUUCCAGGCCUGUAAUGACAUAGUGGCCUGUUUCCAAGAGAGAGCUCGGGUUGAGAGGCAGUACGCUCAGCAGCUCAGUGAAUGGAGCAACAAGUGGAAGCCAGUAGUGGACUCCAGUCCUCUAUAUGGAUCUCUCCUGAAGGCCUGGCAGUGUUUUUUGUCCUCCGCUGACCGGCUAGCCUCCUUACACGCCUCCAUCUGUCGCUCCCUGGUGUCGGAGGAUGGAGACCGGGUCAGGACCUGGCAGAAGGACACCUUCCACAAGAAGUUAUUUGGAGGCUUCAAGGAGUCCCAGGACAUCGAUACGGGCUUCGCACGUGCUCAGAAGCCGUGGGCCAAACGACUUAAAAAGCUGGAUAAAGCCAGGACGGCGUACCAUAAGGUGAGCCGUAAGGAGCACAUAGCCAGAGAGCGAGAGGCACAUGCUCAGGGAAACCCGGACGUCGCCAUCGACAAACAGAAGAAGAUCCAGGAGGAGAGAGAGGUGGCGCAGCAGGAGGCAGAGAAGGUUCGAGCCCGCUAUGAGAAAGUCCUGGAGGAGGUGAACCGCUACGCUCCUCGCUACAUGGAGGAGAUGGAGUCCAUCUUUGACCAGUCGCAGGACGAGGAGCGGAAGAGGAUCGUCUUCCUCAAACAGGCCUUCCUCUCCAUCCACAAACACCUGGACAUCACCAACAACGAGAGUGUGAGAGCCGUGUACAAUGAGCUCCACAACACACUGAUGGCCAUCGACGAGCAAGAGGACCUUCGCUGGUGGAAAAACACCCACGGGCCUGGCAUGCCCACCGACUGGCCUCACUUUGAGGAAUGGACGCCUGAAAAGAAAUCCAAAAAAGGGAAGAAAGAUGUGGAAAAGAAAGGAACAAUAGAGAGGAGUGUGAUGAUUGGAGGAGUGAGAGUAAGAGCUCUGUAUGAUUAUGUUGGUCAGGAGACAGAUGAGCUGUCCUUUAAAGCAGGUGAGGAGUUUUUGAAGACUGAGGAUGAGGAUGAUCAGGGCUGGUGUCGGGGGAUGAAGGACGGAGGGUGGGAGGGGCUGUACCCAGCCAACUACGUGGAGGUGGUGUAGUUACCGCAUGUAGACGAAUGAGAAUGAAAGAUCCUGUUACAUCACACGCUUCAUUUCACUGUGGAAGUCAUAGCCUGGUCAGACAAUAAAACCAAUGCUGUAAAAGAACAACACCAAGUAGCUGUUAGCCAAAGAUGUGGUCUGUGAUGAGACGCACUUAGGAGGAUAUUUUAGCGUAUAGAGAUUUUUUAAAAACUGCCAAGGUUGUGUAAUCUCUCGAAGGAUUUUUGACAAAUGUUUUAAUAUAUACAGUACGUAUAGACCACUUGUAUUGAAGCCAUAUGAUAAGCAAUGCUUUAAGAUAAAGAAAAAAAAAAGAUAAAUAUGCUGGACUCUAAAGGUACAUUAUAUAAGUAGCCAUCUGGUGCUGAAACUGCAUUACAGGACUGCUAUUUUCUUUGAGCUGUUUUAUGUUUUUUGCACCUCAACACAUUGCUAUUAAAAUGCUCACAAAGCCUCACAACAUUAUGAAGAACGUGAUGCUAAUACUGUGAUUAUAAUUAAUCUGAAGCAGCCGUAUAAGUGGAGUCAGCUUGAUGGGUGUAGUUAGCUGUAUGACCUGUAUUUCUCUUUUGUUUUUGUGGUUUAAAGGAACAGGCUGAAUGUGGUUGUUUGCCGUCAAACUCUCAGUCAGAUAAAAAGAUUGACGUCAGUUUCUUCUCUUGCCUGGAAACAUCAACACACACUCCAGGAACUCACAAUGCUGUCGUAGUUUGUAUUUUACUUAAAGCAGCUAUAAUCAAUAUUUUACCAAUAGAGCACUUGACUACUUGUAUGUGGAAGGGGUUGAUUGUUGUGGCAGAUUCAGAGAGAAUUAUCACCUGACUCAGUUCCUUUCGGCUCUGUGGAGCUUUACAGCAUAUUUCAGCUCACAGUUUUGGUUUUCUGCCCUGCAGCUAUUGUUUCGGUUCGCUCUCACUGCUCCCAUAGCCUCGAUUGUGGCUGCAGCAGGUGGCUGUUUACAUCAAAAAAAAAAAAAGCUCUAAAAAUGACACUGUACGUGACCUGCUCAGCACCAAACAGCAGACUGGCACAGUUAGCAGCUAGCUGGUGAACACAGUGCAGCAUUUAGCAGCUAAAGAGCCGGAUAUUUCCCCUGAGAGACAGUGGAGAGCAAAAGUAAAGAGUAAAUAUUGGACUUAAAUUUUUCAAGUGGCCAGAAACGUGAAUCCAAGUCAGUUGGAUGUGUAAAUAUAUGGUGGCCUCAAAGGACAAAACACAUACAAGAACAUAAACACAAAAUAUUAAGGAAACAGUUUUACUACAAUCUCUAAUUUUAAAAACAGAUAAAAUCAAAAACAGAUAAAUGACCUCUGAAUCAAAAAACUGAUUAUAUUGUUACUGUAUUACAUUAUAUUCUCCUUUUCCUUUGUGUAUGUGUUCAUGUUUUGGAGCAUAUUUCCCUAAAUGCUUUUUAAUGGGCUGUACAAAUUGCACCAUGCAAUCAUCAACAGAUAUUAAACUACAGGUAGCAGCAUUUAUUUUUUUAUUGCUACGUUACGCACAUUAACGGCAGAGAAAGACUCAGACGUCAGCUCCUUAAGUGGCCACUGUACAAUCACAAUAAUGCACUCUGAGCUACUGAUAUCGAGAAUAAUGGACUUGGCAGAGGAAACGUUGCCCCACUUUAAGUCUCAGUACUUCUUUGCUUCCACUUAAUUAAUUAUUUCUUGUACUGGGACACCUUGUUGUGCAUUAUCACUUACAUAAUGUGUAAAUAAGACAAGCUUUGGAGUUCUUGGAAGGCAUGUUUUGGAGUGGCUGAGACUGAGGAGGAGGAUCAGGUUGUCCGUUAAUUGCAGGGCUCUGUGGUUUGAUCCUUGGCUCUUUCUGUUUACCUUGGUACCAUCAAGAUGUGAGGAUGGAUAAAUGAGAUGAACAACUUUGUCCUCUUGUGCCGUCCAUUUAUCAGUUGUGAUGAAGUGAGGCUCUGUUGUUUUUUUAAAAGCAGGACCUCAAGCAUCUUCAGGCCCAGAUGACAGAUAAGAUCAUCUUAGCAUAAAGGUGCUUGUGGGAGGGUUCAGGUCUAAACAUGUCCUAAAUGUAACACUAUCUCUGUACACAGCGCUCAGAGAUGGAGACGAUCGCGCUUCCUCAUCAGAUUCUCAGUUUGACGCCGAACAUUCGUAUUUCCCAGCCUGUUCCUUUAAGAUAAGUACCGGGGAACAAAUAGUUUUCCUGUAGUAUCUAAUCAUCUGUUGCUAUGUACGUAUGACCUAUCAUGGAGAGCAUCUCUACCAAAGUAAGAAAGUGCUGGGUUUGCCUUGCCCUCGUCCUUCGCCUUCUUCAGUAUCUGUGUAUGUGCUGUGUGUAUUUGUCAUGUAAAAACUAUGCAUAUCCCCCAAGAACCCUUUUCUUUUUUGUUUUUUGCAAACUGCCUGUCUUUUGGAAAUAAAAUUUUAAACUGUUACACAAACAAAAAAA